AUGUCGCGCAUGAGUCCGACGCAAUUGGAGGAGGUAAUGCACAAGCUGGAGGAGCAAGAGGACGAGAGCAGCCGCGUGCUCAGCGAGGACUCGCUUUAUCAAAUGGAGGUCUCCCUGAAGCCGCGCAGCUCUGGCGCUGUGCGGGUCUUCUGGAAGGACGUGGACGUGGUGGAGCUCAAAGACCGCUACCCAGGAUGGUUCGCGGUGACGGUGGACGGGCGCAAAGUGAAGGCAAUGAAGUCUUCGCAGGUUUUGGCGGUCCCAAGCGAGGCCAUGGCGUGCUGCUGCGCUCAGGAGUACGCUGAGCAGACUGGGUACAUUAAUCAGCUGCUCAUGCCCAUGUCGGACAUCUGCAGCGGUGCCCUGCACAUCGCUCCGCAGAUGCUGACCCCGCGCAUCGACUACCUCCUCUCCUUCUUUCAAAGUGACAACUUGUACUUCCGCGCCCCCCCGAUCGCGGCGACGCAGGAUGCCAUGAUCGCCCCCAUCAUUGCCUGGUUCGAGCGCGUGUACGAGAUGGAGGUGCCGCGUGUGGUCGGCAUCGGUGACCCGCACAUCACGCCGCACGCGACGGCCAAGAUGCGCGACGCGCUCAUCGCCAUGAAUAUGAACCCGUAUCAGGUACUCGCCUUGUGCGUAACGGCGCAGUUCACGAGCAGCCUGCUGUUGCCGUUGGCGCUGUUCAGCGGCGUGGUGGAUCUCCCGACAGCGCUGGCGAUCAACCGGGCUGAGGAACAACACAGCAUCUCGGAGGCGGGACUGGUGGCGGGCUACCACGACAUUCGCGAGGCGGAUGUCGUGACGAAGAUCUGUGCGUGUGCGAUGACGUGGAAACUGAUGAAGGAUGUGCCGCUGGCAAAGUGCCUCGAGAUGCCGCGGGCCGCCUCGGCCAUGGAGGAGGCAGAGGCGGUUUAG